AUGACAAGAAUGUUCCUUGUCAUUGUUGAUGCGUUUUCGAAGUGGUUGGGCGUGUAUGCAACCCAGUCAGCUACCAAAGAAGUUACGCUCGAGAAACUGAAGGCGUCGUUUGCAAUUCAUGGGAUUCCCGAAAGUUUGGUAUUGGGCAAUGGCACGUGCUUUAGGAGUAGCAAAUUUCGUACGUUUUGCCAGAGUCAAGGAAUAAUCGAUACAAAAUCAGCACCUUAUCGUCCGUCAUCUAGCGGACUAGCCGAACGGGCGGUACAAACCCUCAAGGAUAGACCAAGGAAGCUAGAAACAGGAAGCUUGAAUGAAAAGCUGCCAACAUUUUUGUUGGCAUACCGCAACACGCGGCACGCUACCACAGGCUCAACGCCAGCAGAGCUCCUUUUGAGAAGGAGACGCGCUUUAGACUCGAACUCAUCUGACCGGAUGAUAGUAGAACAGUUCGAAGGAAACAGGAGGUUCAAAAAGGAAACCACUGUAGUAGAUGCCAAAGCCGGGAAAUGCAACGUUGGCAAGGGUUUUUUGGACCUCGCUGGAUUCCAGCCUGGGUGA